AUGGAACCGAGGAAAUGUCGUCGGAAUCUCUACUUAUAUGCGUUACUUUCCUGCAUCUAUUUGGCGGCAUCAGAUGAGGGCUCCCAAGUUUCUCAACAGAAAAGGCUGCUCCAGCACUUACUCGAUCCCACGAGGUACGACAAGGGAGCUCGACCGGUGCGGUUCAACUCAAACAUCACGCAUGUUCACCUGAACGUGUCGAUACAGAAUGUGGUUGACAUGGACCACUUCAAGCAAGCCCUUAAAGUCAAUACGCUGAUUGCAAUGAAAUGGGACGACGAAUUCCUGACCUGGAACUCAAGUGACUACGAUGGACUCUCUUACAUCAUCGUUCCAUCCGACAAUGUUUGGAUCCCUGCAUUCAUUUCUGGAAACCCGCUUUUCAGGAAUGCAACCCAUUAUUUGCACGAGGGAACCAAAACGUCAGUCCGAGUGGACUCCAAAGGAAAUGUGGUGAUGCACCAAACCAAGCAACUGCAAGCUCACUGUACGAGCACCGUGGACGGAUUCUCGAGCCUGCUCUAUUACUGCACCGUCAUCCUGAUACCCUGGAACUACAAAGGCUCCGAGGUCAACAUUCACGGUGCCAUCGACGUCGCCGGGCUCCACAACGCAAGCUGGGAUGCGUCCCACAUCGACAUGCACCUCGACGGGGGCACAUUGCCAUUUAUGGAAUUCAGCUUUAUGCUCAAAAGGAAGUACGAGACCAGCUGGGACCGCCCCACGGCUGCUGUCGUCAUCACCACCCUAAUCAUCUUCUGGCUGCCUUCAUCGCCGCCGAAGAUCACCCUCGGUGGCAUAAGCCUGCUGCUCACCACUUUCCUGAUAGACAGCGUGACCAAAGAGUUCACGGGCUCAAGCAACGUACCUCCCAUCGUCACAUUCCUGUGCCACUGCACAGUUCUGACCACUGCGUCGCUGCUGUGCGCCGUUGUCACGCUGAAGCUGCUGCACAACUCCCACGCCUGCCAGCCUCCCCGCUGCCUGAUGCGCCUGCUAGACGGGCGCUUGGGCAGUCUCCUGCUCGUCGGAGACUUCAAACUCGCCGACCGUCAAACUGAGAUGGCCCAAUUGACGGAAGACGCGUCUCCAGUGGUGGAAAGGACAGUCUCUCGUCGACGGGAGUGGCAAGCCGUGGCCCGUGCAGCAGAUAGAGUCCUCUUCCUUCUCUUCGCAACUUCGUUUGUCACUCUUCGCCUUUACGAUCAACUGUACCAUAAUGUACUGCACGUGUGA